UAAUAUUGUAAUGUUUUUUUUUAAAAAAUACAUGAAAAUUAUUAUCUUUUUAUCAGAAAAAUAUUAAAUCAUCCCUUUUUGAUCAAAAUUAUUCGUCCAAUCAUUAUUCAAUUUCUACAACAACCCAAACGGAUGAACGACUACCGACGUUUUGAAUUAUCCAACUAAUAUCCCAAUUAAAUUCGUUAUAUACUUGGUCACAACACGACAACCUAUCCUGAAUAUGGUUCCUAUCCUAAACUUUAAUCUUUUAUUGAUGGCAUUACUCCCGCUAAAUUCUGAUUUUAGUCAUCCCAUUCCUUUCGUCGGACACUUUUUAUCUUUUAGAGAAAUCCAGCCGUAUCUUAUGAAAUACUCAUCAGCGCACACGAGAAACUAUAGCGUCCUUGUUAACGACCCUAAUACUCAUACUGUUAUAGUCGGAGCUAGGGAUCAUCUGAUACGAUUAAAUAUUGAUACCUUGGAGGAGAUCGAAAGUAUUAAUUUGGUAUCAGAUCCAAAGAUUCACAAGGAUUGCAUGAUGACCCAUCACCAAGAUUCGAAACAAGAGGAAUGCGCCAAUUACAUCAGAAUUAUGCACCAAUAUAAUAACAAAUUAUUUGUUUGCGGUACCAAUAGCUUAGAUCCCACGUGUUCUUGGCAUCAAUUUAAUAACCUGAGGAGCAUACUUGAAACGAUGGACGGUAAAGGCCGAGCCCCCUUCGCUUCCUUCGUUCCUUCAGUUUCCCUAAUAGAUCCUAUUACAGCAAAUUACUAUGUUGGAACUUGGUUAGAUUUAUCUGGGAAAGAUGCAGUAUUUUACAGAAGUCUCGGACCUGAUCCUUUUCUCAGAACAAUGCAAUACGCUUACAACAAAGAUUGGCUGAAAAGGCCCGAAUUUAUCGCGAUAUUCAACAUUGGCGAUUUCGUUUACACAUUUUUCAAAGAAGUAGCCAAAGAAGCCCAGGAUUUUAAAAACAUGGUAUAUUCGCGAGUGAGUAGGGUGUGCAAAAAUGACAAAGGGGGUACUCUUAUGUAUGACAACGUUUGGAUUACUUUUAGAAAAGCCAGAAUAACCUGCCCUAUCACUAUAAAAACGGAUGAUGAUCUCCUCUUUCAAACACAUACACUUGACUCUAUAAUCGAUGUUCAUUUUGACGUAGAAAAUUCUAUCUUUGUUGCGCUGUUCGAAGAUCCCACCUCCAAGGUAUCUGCCAUAUGCGCCUACAAUAUGACAACCAUGAACGAGGUCUUUUCCGGCCCUUACACUUACCAGAUGGUUAGCGCGGAACCGAAUCCUUCAUCACGUGGCAACGUUGAUAAGAAACAAGAUUAUUACUGGAUAACCAAACCCAACCCUUACUCUCAUCCGUCUCAUGACUUAUGUAAAGUACGACUCCUGGCUUUCAACGAUACAACCGAACUAGAAAAAUUGGUUAGUCAGGCUUCCUAUUAUCAGACUAUGAAAAGGGUUAUACUGCCAACGUCUUUAGUGUACAGUAGUUCUACCCAAGGCAGCGACACAACCUUCUCUCAUAUGCUUGUUCAUUCCGUUAACACUGAUUCCCAAAACCAGUCCUACCUGAUAUAUUUAAUUAGCGGAAACGGGUUAAUGUACAAACUCCUCUACGGGUUUGACAAUAUUAUGGUGGGUUCUCGACGUGAUCAAGCCUGCAUCUUAGAAAUCAUGCGAUUACACGAAUCCCCGAAAGGCCGCAAAAUAAAUCGCAUGAUGGGCCUAGACCAAAAAGGCAAUAAGUUACGGCUCAUCCUAUUUGAUUUUAAUAAAUUCAUAUUCAUUCUCUCCGAUACCUCUGUUCUUAAAUUAACCUUGUCCAAGUGUGACCGGAAUUCACAUAGCAAAUUUUUAUGCACUACAUCCGGUGACCCUCUGUGUGGGUGGGAUACGUUGAUGAACGAGUGCGUUCCGAGACCCUCGUCUCUUUCGUUUAACGCUAAUUCUCAAUAUUGGGAACCUAAUAUAGCUACCUGCCAAACCUUGAACCACGCUUAUCCUAACUAUGAUGGCAACAAGCUCGAGAGACGUGGGUACAACGGUGCGCAAAUGAGUGGGCGGAGUUAUAUGAGGGAUGGAUAUAAUACCUUAGAGAUGAAAAAUGAACACAGUAGCAAAUCCGAAAAUUUGAGGAGAGAGGAUGAUCAUUACACCGAUUGGAGUGAUUGGAGAGAAUGUGACAAGCUUGUCUCACUGUCGGGAGAACCGAUUCCGGGUAGUUGUCAAUGUAGGGAGAGAUACUGCGAAUACGAACCUAUUUUCUCGUCGCCUAGAUCGAAUAACAUGGAUGAUUGCUCUAGACCUCAAAUCCAAAUAUCGAAUUGCACUGUAAAUGGAGAAUGGACUGAAUGGUCCGCGUGGAGUGCGUGCACUCAUACCUGUGGCUUGGCCAUGAGAUACAGGUACAGAUCAUGUUCUAAUCCACGACCUCAGUUCGGCGGCAACGAUUGUAUGGGUAAUAAAAAAGAUCAUCAAGUGUGUAUCUCCAACCCGCCUUGUCCUGAAAUGAAACCAGAAUCCAUAAACGGCGAUUGGUCGGAAUGGACUGAAUGGCGACCUGAGUGCAACACGAAUUGCAUUCAAAAAUCUUUUGAUUCCAUCGUCUUGUAUCAAAACAGGAGUCGACAUUGUAACAACCCCGCUCCUCAAAAUGACGGAAAACAUUGCCCGGGAAACGAUUUUGAAAUCCGGAGUUGCCCCUUGAACGAUUUUGGUUGUCCGAACCUCAUAAAAUACUCCAACUGGACCGAUUGGUACAUCAUCAAUUUCACGAAUCCUAACUUGUUAAAAAACUUCAACGAGAACUCCCAAGGAAAAAAUGAUUUGAAACAUUUUGAAAAUUCUCCCGUAACACAUAAUAGCGUUGGUUAUUACACUCAAACCAGGCUUAAAUUCGGUUGUCAAGCGGAUGCCUUUAAUUCCUUACCUAAUCCUUUGCUCAAAUCCGAAAGUAGAAUAUGUUCUUUGAACGCUGGCACACAAUGCACACUUUUAAAAUCUGAUAUAGUUCCAACAUCUCAUUCUCUUCCCGCUAUUUCGUAUCCUGAUUCCGACCCAUCAAAUUACGAUAAAGGUUGGGGUCCAUGGAGUACUUGGGCAACAUGCGAUUCUGAUAAAAAUGAACAAACCCGUUUCAGAGUUUGCAAUACUCGGAGGCCAAAGUCUGACGAAUGCUUGGGAAUCAACGUGGCCAGACGAGCGUGCUCCCCUCUUCAAACGAACCGGGAAUCGAAGAAUAUUCAGUCCUCGCAAAAUUAUAUUCAUGAAGAAGAUUUGGUUGACGAUAAUUCUGUUCUUGCCCGUUUCGUUUCAUGGAAAAAGAGUCGUACAGACUCACGAGAUAUUUCUGACAGAAAAACAGAAAUCUCCUCCGAAAUUUCGAAUACUCUAGCCAAUGAAUUUCUUUUAUCCGAUCAUCAAACACAGAUGGUGAAACAAAAAAACAAUUAUAAAUUAGUUAUAUCUUGCCUCGGUUCUUUUACCGCCGGGUUUCUUGUAGCCGGAUUCCUGUUGUACGUUUGGAUUAGAAGGAGGAAAUUAACGCAAGGCAGUUCAAAGCUCAAAAGCUCACUUCUCUCAUCGUCCUCCUCGAACGAUAAGAACGGGGGGGAUUUUAUUAUCAACGGGACCAAUCAAAGUUCUAUAGAUGGUAGUUUGGGUUAUAGAUUCGAUAAGGAGUACCGCUAUUGCGAAGGCAGUGGCUUGGAUGAUAUUACCAAAGCCAAUGGUUCCUUGGCUCAUGAUAUGAAACAACACGAUAUCAGCAAACGCUCAAACCAUUACUACCAAAUACCUACUCCGGCUCAACGGCUUCUGAAUCAUGGCAAUCUAAAUAACAAUCAAAACGAUAUAUUGCUGCUCUCAAACCAUGAAGAGGCAACUCUCAAUGCCCAGGGACUAUUAAUGUUUUCCCCUAUUAAACCAACCAUCGCAAAUAUUCUCAGAAACGAUUUGUACGACUUAAACAAAAACGGCAAUAAUAAAUACGAUUAUUUUAACCGCGACACGCUUUUAAAAUUAUCGAACUUGAGUAACUCCGAUGGUCGACGAUUUUAUACUCCCAAUGACUCCAAAAUUGCCGACCAUUUGUUGAAUAACGCUCCGAACAACGGGAAUUUAACGAUAAGGACAAAUAAUUGUCUCGAAAAUAACACGUAUUAUCAAAGACGAAUUUUGAAUGGUAAGGAUAAGAAUAGAAUAACCAGAAGCAAAUCUAAUCGCGUCGCCAAUGACGUGAAUCGAGAUCAAAAUGUUAAUUCAACUAAUACCCUACGAUAUAAUAAUAACGAAUCAAACUUAAACAAUAGUCAUAAGAGCAGUAAGAAUUCUUACGCAUCUUUGCCUCGCCUUAAAAAGGAGGCCUCUUUCAAGGAUUGUACUAAUAACAAUCGCGGAAGACAACAGCUUUUUCACCCGCACGUUUAUGAUGAACCCUUUUAAAAAAAUAUAUAACGGAAAGCAUGCACUUUUGAAUUAAACGCGGGGAGAAUACUCGCGCGCAUAUAAAUAGUCAUCGUUAUGCUAUAUAUAUAAAAAGAAACGAAAUGUUGGCUAUCAUGACAUGAAUAGUUUGAGGGACUUAAUGUAUUUAACCAUUCAUUAUUGAUAUAUUAUCUUAUUUUUAACUUUUUUAAACACUGCCCACCAUCACUGAUUUUUGAAAUAGAUUAAAUUGUACCUAACACUUUGUUGAUGGUUUGCGCUUUGUGGCGCAUGUACAAAACUCCUCCAUACCUUUGAGUAUUCGAUGAUAAAUUUUACAUACCAUUUGGCCCCGUGCGUAACAAAUUUCCGAAUUGUAUUAUUAAAACCAAAUUAAAUGAUUACAACAAAAAAAAUGUAUUAAAAACAUAAGAAUCUCAAAUAUUAUAGACCUCCGUGGCAUGCAUUUAAAUCCUAAAAAUAAAAUAAUAUAUAUCUAACUAAUAAUAAAUUAUACAAUCAUAUUAUAUUUCUUCAAUCAAUAAUAUUUAGCACUUGUGCUUUAUCUUGUUAUCACGUUGAUA